AUGAAAAAUAACACUUUUAACAAUAAUUUAUUUAAAAUUUUAAAAAAAUAUAGCACUUCUUACAUUCAAUUUGCUAAUAAUAAACAAAAUAUAAAAAAAUUCAGUAAUUUAAAGAACAUAGAUUUAAGAAAAAAUUCUCUUACAAAAAAAAUAGAAAUAUUUAUAGAUGAUAAAAUACUAUUAACUAAUAGCAAAAAUGUUUUUGCAUUGGAAAGCUUUGACUUGUGUUUCUUAAUAAAAUUAGAAUUAUUAAGAAACAAAAGUGAAAUGGAUAUUUUAAAAAUGCCUAUAACAUUGUUUUCCAAUAACCUAAUUGAUUUUAUAAAUAUAAGUAAAGGUAACAAAAUAUUAAAAAGAUGUAAUAAUAAAGAAAAUUAUUUUCUAAAUAAUGUCACAAAUAAUUUGAGCGAUUCACAAAAUUCUGAAUAUGAUAAAAUAAAUGGUAGAAUUGUUAACGAAAUGGAUACUAAUGAAAAAAAUAAAUCUAAACAAGAUUGUAUUAUUGAAAAAAAUAUCUUAUUUUCCAAAAAUACAUAUUAUGAAAACAAUGCAUAUAAAAAUAAUUUCUAUCAAAACAAUUUAACAGACACUCAUUCGAAUAAUGAUAAAAAUAUGGAUAACUCUAAUUCCUUUGAAACAGAAAGAACACUCAUAGAAAAUAAAAUUUAUGAAAAUUUUAAAAAUGAUUUAAUUUUUUAUAGUAAUAAUGAAAAAAAUUUGUUAAAUACAGAUAAGAAAUGUUUAGAAAAUUUCGUAUGUUUACCUAAUAGCGUAAAUUAUAUUGAAAAUUAUAAAAUUAACAACCUAUAUGAGGAAGAAAGUGAUGUAUUCAGUAAAUUUUUAAAAAUGUUUGAACAAAUUCAUGAAGUAAAAUUAAAUAAAGCUAAAAACUUUGAAACACCUGUUCAGAAUAAAAAUGCUCAGGAAAAAGUGCAAACUUUAAUUAAAAAUAUGAAUGAUUCAGAAAUUUUUAUUUUUUACAAAUGCACACAAAUUUUAAACUCUUUUAUAUUUACAUAUUUAUUUCUUAAUAACUUUUUAAAUUAUAAAGAAGUAUAUCGUUAUUGCAAUUUAGAAUAUAUAUAUCAAUUUUUUAAAUGGGGAUAUGUUUUCGACAUAAAUAUUAUAAAAGACUCUAAUGCGCUGUUGAUGUUAUCAUCUUUGCGCUUAAUUAACAACAUUUUAAAAAAGGAAAAAACGUAA